AUAAAACAAAACAAACCACGUGGCUUUCCAAACCCAUUUUUCAUUCCCAGUAUUCCGGGCAGCACACUACUAUUUCUCCUUCAAAUUCUUCUAUUUAUCUGCAAAGUUUGAAUCUUUUUCAUUUUGAUUGUAUGUUUGUGUACAAUUAUAUAAAUAUUGAAACGGGUCGCAAUUUUUUUGUCAAAAAAUGGGAAGAUUGUUUAUAGAAUCACUUCCAGGUCCAAAAAUAUUCAGGUGCAAGUGCUGCAAAGUUGAUUCUGCAUCCCCUGAAAACAUGGUUUCUAAGAAUUUUUUCGGCCGUUUUGGGAAAGCUUAUCUCUUCAAAACUGUGGUGAAUAUCACCCUAGGGCCAACUGAAGAACGACAUUUUACCACGGGAUUGCAUGCUUUCAAUGAUGUAUAUUGUAGCUCAUGUCAGCAAAUACUCGGUUGGAAAUAUGUAAAGGCGUACGAAGAGAGUGAAAAAUACAAAGAAGGGAUGUACAUUUUGGAGAAAGAAAGGAUUUUGAAGAAUGGCUGCACGGCAACAGUACUCCUUCUCCCUCACGCAGCACGGCAGCAGUACUCCUUCUCCCUCACGCAGCACGGCAGCAGUAGCCCGGUAGCAGUCAUCAGCAUCACUCAUCAUUCGAAUUUUCACAGUGACACUCGACUGCCGGCCACCGCAUACUCCUCCCCUCUCCUCACUGGCAGAUUUGAGGGUAAUUAGCCCUAAUUUUGAUUUUUUUUUUCUACAAUACUUUUGAUUUGUGUUGAAUUGUUGAGUAGUUUUUAAUGUGGAUCUAAACCUUAGAUUUGUUACUGUUAAUUGUCUGUUCCCAUGCUUUUUUGCUAAUAUAUUUUCAUGUCAAAUAAUUUG